UUAUUUUAAAGCAAAUAAAAUUAACAAUAACUCAGUGCUCAAAUAAAAUUUAAAGAAAAUUUACUAUUUGUUAAUAAAAACAAUUUACAGAAAUGGGUACCAUUGCCAAAUUAUCCAUUGUUAAGGGUCAACAAUUGGAAAUUGUUUCACGACCUUUACACAGAAUUUUUGAGGAAAAUCUACCACAUCAUUCGCAUAAGACAGCUUUAAUUUACAAUCAAGAAAGCGGCAAUGAUUUGCAAACACCCCGACAAACCACCUAUUUGCAUAUGAAUCAGAGAGCCAAUCAAUGUGCUCGACUUUUAGUGCGUGAGGCCACACAACGUUUUGCUCAUCCCAACUCAGAUGGGGAUUUUAUAGUGGCGGUUUGUAUGCAACCUUCUGAUGCUUUAGUUACUACUCUUUUGGCCAUUUGGAAAGCGGGUGCAUCAUAUUUACCCAUUGAUCCUACUUUUCCCAUAAAUCGUAUACAACACAUUCUGAAGGAAUCAUCUCCCAUUAUGGUCAUACAUGAUGAUGAUGUGGAGAAGUCACGUUUUGGUAUUGUACCCACUUUAACUAUGUCCGAGUUAAGCAUGAACUCAUCACAAUUGAAUGAGGAAAAUUUAAGGUCUGAAGAAAUGUUCGAUAAUGGUGAGACCGAAUUGGCAAUUGUUUUAUAUACUUCGGGAAGCACUGGUAUUCCCAAAGGUGUACGUUUGCCUCAUGAGGUUAUUUUAAAUCGUCUCCAAUGGCAAUGGUCUACAUUUCCCUAUGCGGCUCACGAAACAGUGGGUGUGUUUAAGACAGCUUUAACAUUUGUCGAUUCCGUGGCUGAAUUGUGGGGACCUUUGUUGUGUGGUCUAGCCAUACUAGUGGUGCCAAAAGCCAUUACCAAAGAUCCAGAACGUUUGGUGGAAGUAUUGGAAAAAUAUAAAAUACGUCGUUUGGUUUUAGUACCCACGCUACUCCGAUCUUUACUCAUGUAUCUUAAGUUAGAUGGGGGCAACAAUUGCAAUAAUGAAAGUAAACUUUUGUAUAACUUACAAAUAUGGGUGUGUUCGGGUGAACCCUUACCCGUUGCUUUAGCUAUGCAUUUUUAUGAUUAUUUCGAAGAAGGCACUCAUACUUUGUAUAAUUUCUAUGGUUCCACUGAAGUUAUGGGCGAUGUAACCUACUUCACGUGUGAGAGUAAAAAACAAUUGCAACAUUAUGAACGUGUACCCAUUGGUAUACCCGUUUGUAAUACCGUGUUAUAUCUAUUGGAUUCCGAUUACAGGCCAGUGAAAAAUGGAGAGAUAGGAGAAAUAUUUGUUUCCGGUUUAAAUUUGGCCAAUGGUUAUGUUAAUGGUCGUGAUCCAGAGAAGUUUUUGGAAAAUCCUUUGGCAGUGGAGUUGAAAUAUUCCCGUAUAUAUCGUACUGGUGAUUAUGGUUCUCUUUACGAUGGCUUUAUAAUGUAUGAGGGACGCACCGAUUCUCAAAUAAAAAUACGUGGACAUCGUGUUGAUCUAUCUGAAGUUGAGAAAAAUGUAGCCGAACUAGAUGAGGUGGAGAAAGCCAUAGUUCUGUGUUAUCAUGCCGGUCUAGUAGAUCAGGCUUUAUUGGCUUUUGUCAAAUUACGUGACGAUUCACCACUUAUGACAGAACUGCAACUAGAGGCUAAAUUAAAAGAUAAAUUGGCCGAUUAUAUGAUACCUCAAGUGGUUUUAAUUGAUCAAGUACCAUUGCUAGUAAAUGGCAAGGUGGACCGACAAUCUUUGUUAAAGUUAUAUGAGACCGCUAACAAUAAUGAGGGAGAUUCUAGUAUUGUCUUAGACUUUGACUAUUCUCAAAUACCCGAUGAAUUAAGAUCUGUGGCAGAGGAUUUGUUUGAGACGGUGGGCAGUGUUAUAGGUCGUUCGACUAGAACUACUUUGGCCCCUCACAGUAAUUUCUAUGAAUUGGGUGGUAAUUCUCUCAACUCAAUUUACACUGUGACCCUUUUAAGAGAAAAAGGUUAUAGCAUUAGUAUAUCGGAGUUUAUAGCGGCCAAAAAUUUGGGUGAGGUAUUGCAAAGCAUGACCAAAGAUAGGGAAAUAAAUAUGGUAGAAGAUACCGAGGUAUGGAUAAGUGCUUGUCCUCAUUUGGAGUUAGAGGCUAUACCCUUGCAAUAUUCACACAAAAAUGAUGUUAUACAAAUCAUUGUGGAUAGUUUCUAUGGCAAAGCCGAUUUGGAACAAUGGCUUAAACCCGAUAUUUUGCGCACCGAUUAUAGUGAUAUUAUUUCGGACAUUUGGAAUGAUUUAGUGGAAAAGGAUUUAAGUUUUGUGGUUUAUGACCGCAAUACCAAUAGAGUUAUUGGCACUGCUUUAAAUUUCGAUGCCCGCGCUGAGCCUGAAGUUGAUGUUAAAUCCAAAUUGAUAAUUGUUUUUGAAUUUUUGGAAUAUGUUGAAGGACCCAUUAGAGAUAACUAUUUGCCUCAGGGUUUAAAUAAAAUCUUACACUCUUUCAUGAUGGGCACACAUGCUGAUUUGAAUCCUCAAGAGAAUAUUGCCUGCAUGCAUUUUAUGGAACAUGAAGUUUUAAGAUUGGCCAAAGCCAAACAGUUUGCCGGUAUUUUGACCACCAAUACCAGUCCCUUAACACAGCAAUUGGGUAAAGACGUCUAUAAUUAUAAAACCCUAUUGGAUUAUCAGGUCAAUGAAUAUGUUUAUUCAGACGGCAGCCAUCCCUUUGGCAAAGCUCCCGAUUCUCAACGGGCCAUUGUUCAUUGGAAGGAAGUGACACCUUAAAAACAUAUAGUGUUCUUUAAUAAUUAGUUGUUAAAAACAAAUUGUUCAGUAUUUAGAAAUUAAUGUAAAGAAUCUCUUAGAGCUGCUUAGUAGUAUUUAAUCAAUAUAAGUGUACCUGUGUAACAAUCAUUUAUUUUAUUCCUUCAAAUCAUCUUUCACAAUUAUUCGACUUUGUUGUUUUCUUAGAUUUCAUUGGCAUUAAUUUUGUUGAUGUUAAUUAGUUUAUAAGUCAAAAACGUAUUCGAUAUUUUUAUCGUUCAUUAGUUUUUAAGUUUAAUUUUAGUUCAAUAUAUAUUUGCAAAUAAAUUUAAUAAAUACAAAUAUAA